AUGUUCAAGCUAGUUGUGCUUUCUUUGACCAUCAUCUUCGGCGUCAGCGCUUUCGGUGAAGUUGGGCAACAAUGUAUCUCAGCAAAACCGGAAACUGGGAACGGUUGUGGAAAAGGGAACCAGUGUGCGUAUACGAAGUGUUUCUUUGUACGUGGUGUUCUGAUUUGCUCUGGUUACUGUACACCAAUCACUCCUUCAUCACCACCACCGCGCUCGUGCAACACAAAUGCGGAUUGUCUUGCAGGCGAGUAUUGCCCACAAAAGUGUCGACUAAAUUGGGCAACAGAAGUGUGUUCUGGGACUUAUUGUGCUCCAAUCCCGCCAACCACCGCCGCCACACCGACAACUACCGAAAUUAAUCGCAUCUGUUACACGAAUGGUGAGUGCAGACAAAAUGAGUAUUGUGAUUCGACAAAUUGUCGUCCAAAUUGGUCCGAAGGAUGCCGGGGUGUUUGCCGUUGCGGGUUUUCAAGUGCUCAAUCAUCUCUUGAUUUGUCACCAACAACGCAAAACAAUGAUCCAAUUGAUAUCAGUGAGGAAACAUCAAUUCCUCCCGUAUCCAGCUCAAAAACAGCGGCAGGUUGCCAAUCACAGGCUGAAAGCGAGAAGCCAAUUGUAGUGGCUGGUGAAGAAGGGAACGCUUCCCCGACGCUUCUCCCAUUUCCAACUCUACCUCCUUUCCCCACAUUCCCCUCUUUUACUUUCCCUCCCUUCCCCAGCCUUCCCCCAUUCCCAUCUUUCUCACUCCCAUCACUUCCACCUUUCCCAUCAUUCCCAGCUUUUCCAACAUUGCCCACCAUGUCAACAGUAUCUCCACAAAAUCUUCUGCAAUGUCUUUUUGAGUCGGGCACAUUUAAUCCGAAUUGUCUGAACAAUGAGGCUGGUAGUCCGAAGGAAACAUUCUCAUGCUACAACCAGACACAGUGCUCAACAGGACAGGUGUGUUGUACUGCAUUCGAAUUGCUAUCAAUUUUCACUCCACCUUCCCAGCAACAACAAAACGGCACUUGUCAACCUUUUUUCUGCCCUUUUGGACAAAUUCCUCUG